AUGUUUCGUGUUGCAGGCCUGGCAGCGCUGUCUCUUGCGGCCUUCACGGCCUCGGUGGACGCAGCUCCCCUAGAACGCCCUACCGUCAACCAAAUUGCUAAACGCACAUUGCAAAACCGCAAUGUUGACCUCAACGUUACGACCUGGAAGCCGACUGCUCAGGUUGCUUCUCGUACUCCUGCCAAGUCGUCGCACUCCAUGAGCUUGAAGAAGCUUAAGACAAACCGCGCCAAUCCCCGCAGCGCAGCGUACCUGAAAGGCUUGACUGGCCGAAGCUCUAGCUCUACUACUUCUGGAAGCGGCGAGCUGAUCUCUCUGUUUGAGGGAGAGGAAUUUGCGACAUCCAUCACUUUUGGCACUCAGUCCUUCGAUGUGAUUGUUGAUACUGGAUCAAGUGACACCUGGGUCGUGAAAUCGGGCUUCGAGUGUAUUGACCUUGACACUGGAAAGAAGACGAGUCAGUCGACCUGCGAUUUUGGCACCGCAUAUACUGUUGACAGCACUUUGAAGACGAUCUCUGGUGAAGAGUUCGAAAUCGAGUAUGGUGAUGGUGAGUACCUGUAUGGAUACAUGGCCACCGAGACGGUUACACUGGCCGAUAUUACUGUUGACCAGGAGGUUGCUGUUGUGACCGAGGCUGCCUGGGAGGGAGAUGGCACUACAUCCGGUCUGACUGGUCUCGCCUACCCUGCUUUGACAAGUGCUUAUUCCGAGCGGACGGAGCAGCAGGAAGAAUACAACCCAAUCUUCACCACCAUGUACGAGGAUGGCUUGGUUGAUUCCUACUUCAGUCUGGCCAUUCUCCGUGAUGUAUCCGGUGAUGCUGGUUACCUCACUCUUGGCGGUCUUCCCCCAAUUGACUUCAAUGAGACAUUUACCACCACAGACAUUCUGGUAACCUCAAUCGAGGGAUACUCCGACUCCUACGACUUUUACACCAUUAACAUUGACUCCAUGUCAAUCAACGGCAAAGCUAUUUCUGGCUCGGGAGGUUCUGAUAUUCAGUACAUUGUGGACUCCGGCACAACUCUGAACUACUAUCCUACCUCUGUUGCCGAUGCUGUUAACGCUGCCUUUGACCCCGCUGCUGUCUAUAGCGAUGACGAGGGUGCUUACGUUGUUGACUGCGAUGCUACAGCCCCCACCCACACAAUUACUAUUGGUGGUACCGCUUUCACUAUCAACCCGCUUGAUAUGAUUCUGUACGCUGGCACUGACGAUGACGGGAAUGCCGUCUGUAUCUCUGGCAUUGAUGAUGGUGGUGAUGAUUCGUCUGAGGAUCUAUAUAUUCUUGGUGACACUUUCCAGAAAAAUGUGGUCACUGUGUUUGAUGUUGGUGCCGUUGAGAUGAAGUUUGCCCCUCAUGUCGACUACACCUCUAACGACACCUACUAA